CGUCAACCUCUGUGAAUUUUCAGAGCACAAAUCGAAAGCUUCUUUCUUCGACCCAGCAAGUUGCCAGCACUCUCCGUCGUCCGUCGCGAAAACUACCAGCAAUAGCCAGCAAGCCUGCCAUCUCGAUUACCACUUCACAUCUUUAUUUAGCCAUCAACCAGCUACUCUUCGCCUCACCUACCCGUAGGCGCCGACCGAAUCCCACCGACCGCAUAUUGUUACAGCCGUCGCGAAAACUUCAGCUUCCCACGAAAGCUCUACCCUCUACUUUUGGCUUCGCGUUCGCCAAUUUGGUCAACCCGAGCACAAAUAUUCGAGAUGAAUUCUCAACUUCCUUCAAGCUUCGCAUCAGCGGCCGCAGGCCAAUCUAACCGUGAUCCCAGAGGAAGCCGUGAAGGCCGCGGAAAUGGAAGCGGAGAAUGGGCGCGACGCGAUGGACGUCCCUCCAACGGCACAAUGACUUUCCGUCGCUCCUCCACAACCCCCUUCAACAACCAAUCUACCGCUCAGAGCACACCUGCGACCGAUGGCGCUGCAGUUCAAGCACCGCCAUCUGCUGCUGACGCCGCUCCGUAUGACGGCCCGCUACGUUAUACUCGCGAGCAGUUGUUGGAAAUAAGCAGAAAUUCCGAAAGUGCGAUCAAUGUGGAGGAGCUGUUCGUCUCUGGAUGGGUCCCUGCGCCUGUGAACGGCACGUCGGUGCGAAACUGGGGUAAGCCCAACGAAACCCACGUACCGCAGGACCCAAGUGUCUGUUGGGACACCAACGGAGCGGUAAAGCCAGUGGGACUGCAAGAAAUGUCACAGGAAGAGAAAGAAUUGUUCGCUUCCGAUGUCAACUCUCCCGUAAAACCCCCGCAGCAAAACAAGGAUGGCACACACCAAGGCGGAGGACUUAAUGGUCGAAAGCCAUCUGUCUCACACGGUAGCAACUUUGUCACCACGCCGUCGACCGCCUCGCGCCCCGGCACUCGUCGACAACAGACCGAAAAUAGCCCUUACCCCGCCGAUGGUCUCGUUUCACCCACUGGAAACGGUCGCUUCGCUCGCACUGACUCGUCGUGGUUUGGACGUCGGAACCAGGAGGAAAAAGACGACACUUACGAUGAGCCUUCCGACGAUACGACCGGAAAUAACCGAGAGCCUCAAUCGGCCCGCGCUGCCGGCUUUGGAGGAUUGUCCCGUACGACUUCGGGUGCUGCGUCUGCUGGAAACAGCUUCGCCGCUGCCUCUGCGCUCUGGGGACAAUCGGCUGGUCCUGCGUCGGCUUCCUCGCCGAUGGGGAGUUUCGGCAAUUUUUCCAUGCCUGGCACUUCUGCUGUUGGGGACAAGCGAUUUGCUUCUUCCGGGGGCAGUCGUUUGGCCCACCUAAUUCCCAAGGACAGUAACAAUCCAGCAGGAGAGGGAUCGCCGCGCGAGACGGCUGCCGACGGCAAAGACUCCUGGCGUCCUCGACCACGAAUCGACACCGACCCUUUUGGGGAGCAGGCUGGUAACCUAAACGCCCUGCGCGAGGGAACUAGUCCUUCCCCAAAGCAGCACGCGAGCCAGCGCACCUUUGAAACGCCUAUAAAGGGCUCGGCGGGGGACUACGGCAUGUCAAAUCUGAACCUGGGAGGCCACAAGGACGAGGGCACUCCCGAGACGAACCCCUAUCGUAGCCCGCCAGCUGAGCGUGGUGAUGAUGAGGGGUCUACCGGGGACUACGGUGCGGGCCACGGUCACGGUCAGCCUACCGAGCAACCCUCGGGGUUCAGUGCGAUUGCUCGAGGAUUCCCGGCCGCCAACGUCGAGGGCAGUGAUCGCAGUCAGACAUCCAGCGUUGGAGCCAAUCGCGGUGGAUUUCCCGCGCUAAACCAGCUGAGUACGUGGCCUUCCAAUUUGACCUCAGGAACCCCUGAUCGCGAACGGGCUGGGUUCGCGAACCCAUUUGGAAGCUCUUUGUUCAGUCCAGACGUUCAGUCACCCGGUCUUGGCGGUCUUGCCAACGUGUUUGGACCUGCCAGCGCUGGUGGCUCGCUUCGUGGCAGCAAGCUUGGCUCUCUUUUCCCGGCAGCAAUGCAGGCGCAGAUGCAGCAGCCGGAACACGACAGCUUGGCCGACUCCGUACCCGACUACCGACAGGUCAACCCCCUGGGCGCCAUUGGGCGCAGUGCUACCGGACCUAAUCCUCGGGAAACAGACAGCCCAAUGAGAGCGGGCCGGUCUGGAAUGUUCGAGGAACUUUUCCCAACAUCGGACGCUGCCCGCUCUCAGGGUCUUUUUACCACGGCUGAGCCUACGUCAGGCCUAACUGCUACAGCAGCCCAAUCAUUUGGUGGUAUGUCUGGUGGCCAUCCCUUCUCGCUUCACACGCCCGUCGAUGGUCCCCAGUCUCAGGCCCAGGCCCGCCAGAUGGUCAUGCCCGACCGCAUGCGUUGGGUGUACAUGGACCCUCAGGGCAACCAUCAAGGUCCUUUCACCGGGCUGGAGAUGAACGACUGGUAUAAGGCCAACUUCUUUACGCCCGAUCUGCGAGUCAAGCGAGUUGAGGACAGCGACUUUGAACCCUUGGGCCAACUUAUUCGCCGUAUUGGCAACUCUCGGGAGCCUUUCUUGGUUCCCCAGAUCGGUGUCGCCCAUGGCCCCCCUUCGCAGACCGGCCCAUUUUCUACUGGUGACAGCCGAGGUGUCAUUCCGCCUUUGGUAGGGGCGUUCCCUAGCUUUGGACGCACCCUGACGGCAGAGGAGCAGAACAACCUGGAGCGUCGCAAACAGGAGGAGCAAUUUCUCAUGCACCGCCAGCGAGAGUUCAUGGCCCAGCAGCAACAUUCCCAAGUCUUUAACAAAAUGGGCAUGCAGCCUGGCGCCGCUGGCGUUCUUCAGCACCACUCGAGCGCGCAUAGCCUGCAGAGCCAGCCUAGCUUUGGGAGCAUCAGCUCACCGAUUGGUAUGCCCACGCAGCAGCCCAUCGGAAACAUGGGAGCAGCCGCAAUCACACCUUCGUACUUUGAGCCCACCUCACAGGGCAUCAUGCAGCCUGGUCUCACAUCUGUCCCCGGCGACAUGUUUCCCCAGGACCUGAACAUGCAGGAACGUCAGAUGCUUGCCAACCUCCAGGGAGGCCCUAACAUUCUUUCGACUUUACUGGGCGGUCAAAGGCCUGCAGGCGGUGUGACUUCUGCUGGAUUGGUUGCCCCUCCCGGCGAAAACAACCAUCGCAGCCAACUUCCGGCUGUAGAUCAACUUCAGCAGGACCCGUUCAGUGCUAGACUCAAGGAAUUCCAGGAACUGCGGGCCCAGCGGGAUGCCGAGGAGGCUGCCGCGGGUGAGCAGAAUACCUCUGAGAAUGCUAACGAUGAUGCUCAAGCCCGAGUUGCAACUCAAGAAGACGCAGCCCAAAUAAUUGAGGACGUCGCCAAGUCUCAGGAAAGCAGCAAGACCCCUGAAGCUCAGGCUUCCAGUCUUUCGCUGACACAGCAGGUUCAAAAGACCCAGGCCGCUGCUGCCAAGCAGACUCAACCUGCCGAAAAUGAUGCCUUGAUGCCUUUCCCCCCUCCCGCCGGAGCUACCAUCGCUGCUCCCACCGCUCAGCGCACGCGCUCUACUCUGCCCGAUCAGUUUGCCGGCAUGAACCGCUCGCAAUCUGGCACCCCGGAAAGCCUGUCGGCUACCCAAGCUGCUCCUCCUUCGCUUGCGCCGUGGGCUUCGGCUACUGCGGACCAGAAAGCACCAACAUUCAAGGAGAUUCAAGAGGCCGAGGCCAAGAAGGCCGCGCGUGCUGAGCUAGCUGCUGCCGCUGCGCGACGUGCCGCCCUUGAGCAGGAAGCUGCUGCUCUCCGCGAGCGUGAGAAGACGGCUGUUACCGGUGCAGCGCCCAUUCUUCCUACUACCAGCACUUGGGGCAGCGGCUCUCCUGUUACUCCGUCUGGCGCCAGCCCCUGGGCCAAGCCAAGCGUGGGUGGAGGUGUCAAGGGUACGACCCCCACGCCCGCCGAGACCCCAAACACAGUCAACGGCAAGAAGAAGACGCUUGCCGAGAUUCAACGCGAGGAGGAGGUCCGCAAGGCCCGUUUGGCUCGUGCUCAGGAGCAGGCUGCUGCGGCCUCUGCUGCUGCGACUAUCAACAACAGCAUGGGUAAGCGCUAUGCUGAUCUUGCCAGCAAGGUGAACCAGGGUCCCGCGCCUGCUGCUGUGUCAGCCCCUCCUGGCUGGGCUACCGUCGGUGCCGGUGGCAAGGUCAAGAUCCCUACUGGACCUGCCGCUCAGCAGGUUCGCACCAUUAGCACUGGAGCUAUCAAACCCGCGGUAUCAGCGGCUCCUCCCAGCAAACCGGCCACUGUCUCGGCUCGAGCCAGCCCAGCCACCGUCAACAAGAUGGACUCGACUGGCGCCGCAAUGGAGGAAUUCAACAAGUGGCUCCGCCGUGAACUUGGGCGCGGUAUCACUGGUGGCAUUGACAUUGAUACUUUUGCCUCGACGCUCCUCGUCCUUCCCCUCGAUCAAACGCUCAUCUCGGAUGCAGUCUACGCCAACUCUACUACCAUGGACGGACGCCAUUUCGCCGAGGAGUUCGUCCGCCGCAAGAAGCUUGCUGACAAGGGUGUCGUCGAGAAGCAGACUGCGGGCGUGUCCCGAGGCAGUGGCUUGGGUGGAGCUGCUUCAGGCUCGGGUGCAGACAAGGGUUGGAGCGAGGUGGCCAAGAAGGGCGGCAACUCGAACGGUGGCGCCUCGGCGACUGCUGCUGGAGCUAGCCCUGGCGCUGACAGUGGAAUCCAAGGUGCCGGGUUCAAGGUGGUGCCUGGUCGUAAGCGCGGUAAGAAAUAAGCGCCAUCGGAAGAACUCUACUUGCACAUUGGUGCCGCUAUGUAUGCCGCCGUGUAUGUGUGGAUGCGCCGGUGGGAGUUCGAUGAAUGUUGAUCAGGGAGUGAUGGUCACAAAACAGUGACAGAUUAUUACAGUUGAUUCAGUUCAGUCUGUUUUUGAUCACAUCUGUUCGUGUUGGAUUAAGGACAUCGGAAUUCGAUUACUGGGAAAGUGUGGCUGUUGUUUUUUUGACGGCACCAAGUUGGUUGGUUGUGCACACUACAAGUUCCUGCCUUUCAAUGAAGCUUGAGUAACUGUGUUUUCGGUACAGAACACGGCAUGUCUCUCUGUCCAAUAGCUAGAAUCACACCUAGGCCCCAAACAGCAUUUGUCAGAA